AUGUCAACUAUAAAAUCUAAAACAUCACAAAAAUCUAAAAGAAAUUUGAGAGUCAUAUCGUCAGCAUUACUGCUACUGGGGGUAACAUCAUUCCUAUAUUUCACAUGGAAUGAUUACUCGGAAAAACUAUCGAAUCCUUCAACCAACGCUUCUUCAGUAAUAAGUAGCACACAAUCUACACUAAUAUCUCAAAAUAUCUUAGAUGAAAGUCAAUUGAGAAAUAUACAGAAAGUAAAUGACGAAAUAUUAACCAUCAAAAAUCAAAUUAAAACAACGUCAAUCUUAUCACCUAUACCUACUUCUUCUUCACCUAUUCAGUCUUUCAAUCCUGAAGUCAAUUUCUUUCAAAUAUUGGAAACUUCUCCUAUGGUCCUUUUCAUUAAAUCAUCAGAAAGAGAUUCAAAAAUAAUCAGAGAUAUACUAACUAAAGAAUAUGAAAUUUCUCCAGAAUUGGCUGUAGUGGAUCUAGAUAAACAUAAACAUGGUGAUGAAUUAGAAGAAUUUAUAAGGUUGAAUAAAUUAAACGAACAAGCUAUAUUUUCAUCAUCAUUGGCUUCUUUACCAUAUCUAUUCGUAAAUGAAGUUUCAAUGGAAAUAGAUACGGCAACUAUUAAGGAUUUACAUUCCAAAAAUUUCUUAAUUAAAAAAUUUGAAUUGAUGUCUAAUGGGAAAGUAUUAUUUGAAAGGAAAAAUCCUCCUUCAAAUUCAUGA